CACAACCACACAUAUUACAUUGGAUUUUGGAUACACCGAUUAAUUAAAGCAUACAUAUAUGACAAUAUCAUUUUAAAUUGAGGUUAAACACGUUGGAUUUUAUCUGUGUUUGGAUGCUAACUUUUUUCCUGCUUUUCCACGACGGUUUAUGUUAUUUAAUUGUUUUUAUUAAUUUAGGAUAUGUUCCAAAUCUAUGAAAAAAUUUAGACUAAUUUCUAAGUGAAAUCGCAGUCUAUGAAUGAAUCGUCUUUCCAGAUAUUUACAUAAAGUCCACAACACAAUUUUUAUAUCCUUAUGGCCAUACAAGUUUAUUGUUACGAAAGUUGCUUCAAAUUCAAGUUGUUUAGCCUCCCAAAAUUCGUCUAUCACUAUCACUAGACUAUCUAUAUACAGACCAUCUAUAUACGGUUAUAUUAUUUUCAUGGAAGUCAUAGUUUUAAUCAAUACUUAAUGAAUUUGUGGAACAUGUUGGGCCGGCUUGCCCGUAAGAUAGAACAUAUUACAUAUGCAUUUACAGAAUUAUAUCAUUGCUUUGAGGUUUUAUAUAUUUCGUAAGAUUAACCGGCUUUCAUAGAAUAUAACAUUUUAGUGGAAAAAAAAGAUAGAACAUGUUACCAAAAAAAAAGAAAGAAUUAGUCAAAAAAAAAAAGAACAUAUGCAUGCAUGCCUCUUUAGCCGCUUCCUCGCAAAAUUUAAUAGAGAUUGAUGACUUCAUUCUCAAUUUCUAAAAAGAUAUCCGGAGACGUUUUUAAAUUUAUCCAACGUAAUCAAAAUGAACAAAAGAAAAUCACUCUAAUCAACUCACGUAACCAUAUGACACACGGAUUGUUUAGGACAUCUCUGCUUUAAAAUAGAAUUUACAGUAAAAAAUACUUUAAUGAUAUUUUAUUUUUCAUUAUACAAUAGAGUAAAAAAAAUGUGUUCAUUAUUUUCCACUCUAAAGUAGAGUACCAUUAUCCUCCGGUCCCUCCAGUACCACCCGACCCUCCACAUGUUCUCUUGGGUAGUGCUUUUCUCUGUCAGAUCUCACCGUCUUGCUCCUCUCCUGUCCAACAAAAGGAAUCUGAAGCUUUUAUGCCAUGGGAUCUCUGCUCUGAUGUUGAUGUGAUGUCCACUCAGCCUCUUCUACUGCUUCUUCCACUGGCUGAAGUUUCUCUUAUCCGCACUCUCACCACUAUGGGAAGUCUUGAGGACUGGGUUUUGAAGGAUGAAAUAUUGGCGGUGAAUUGCUUUCUAAAGGCAGCUUUUAUUACCUUAGCGCAAGCUUUUGGAGGGUAUCUCUUUACUGUUAUGUGCAGGUCUCAGCCAAAGCCUUUUCUCACAGGGAAACCUUGGUCACAUGUUGAUGGACCCAGUUUUCUUUCCUUCAAGCUGUCGCAAGAUGUUAUGAUGUUCUGGAAUGACUCUUUCCCUCGUUUUGAGGAUGUUACACACCCUUGGAGUUUCAGGGUGAAGUUCUCUUUACCUCUGUAUGAGGAAGUUACUCUUUGUAGUACCACUUUAUUACCUCAUUGCGAGGCUGUUACAUGGAAUUGUGUCUUUGUGGCUACGGAUUCUAUUGUCUCAGACUGGUCUACUUGGCUAUGGUGGUCCUGCUCACAGCUAUUAGGCUCUUCAAAAAGGUGUUUUGUCACCUAUGAAUUUGUAGCUGGGUUUUCUUCAAUUGGUUAUGAUUGUUCAGUGAUUGGAUCAUGGAUUGAAGCCUGUGACCCCCAUCACUCAUCUAGUAGAGUAAGUGAGUACUCUGUCCUAGUAGUUAAGGCUAUUUUGCUGCAUAAAGCUUCUCCAUCUGCAACAUCAUUUGGACUCUCAAGUCUCCAGUGUCUUUCAGACUCAAUUGUCUCCCGUUUUGCCCUACGCUUAGGGAUGGAUUUGAAUGAGAUCACAGGUUUCUUCAUCUUUGAAAAUCUUGUCACUCUCUUCACUCCUCUAUCAUGUUGUUCUAAUUUAUGCACAGCAAUUUGUUUAGCUGUUGCCUUUGCAAAGGGUUUAGUACCCAAACUUUGUUGUUUAAAUACUCUAGUUUGAGUUGGAUAUGAAAUGAAACCUUUGACAAAAAAAAAAAAAGUAGAGUACCAUUAAAUUGAAGUAUAUCACAAUUUUGUUAUAGAAUUGCUAUAUUUUAGGUGAAAAAUAUGGUAAACCAUUAGAAAUAGUUUAAAUAGACAAAUAAUAAAAACCAAGAAAAUUGUUUUGAAUUAACAUCGGUUAUUUCGUGAAUCCACCAUGAGAUACAGAUUGUAACCAUAUGACACACAGAUUGUUACAUUGGGCAUCAAAAUUAUGAAAAAUCUACACCUGAAAAGGGUGAUCAUAUAAUUCUCCUCUCUAGAGAUCCGAAACGCUCUUCCUAGAUAACUAGCCGAUGUAUCAUGUUCUCUUCAGUGACAUCUACAGCCUACUGCAACUCAUAGAUUCUUGGUGUUUGCGUUUUCGUGGAGCCGACAGAGAACUUUGUAGCUUCUUAAAUAACAAAUAGUGUCACUAAGGACAUCAUAUACCAAUUAUAUGUAAAGGUCUGGUCCCACCUGAUAUGCUCUCCUCUAUAAUAAAGAAGAACACAACAGAUUAAGCGCCGGUUUUAACUUAUGGAUCAGAAAUCCUUUCUCUGACCUUUGCCUUAUUAUGGUUAGAUGUCUUAUUCGUCCUUUGUUUUGGCUGAUGCCUUAUGGUGCUCAGUAGCCACUUUGACAUAUCUUAUUUUUAAUUUAUUGGUUCUGUUUAAGUUUCCGUAAGCACCAAUCAAUUUGCAUCGUUUGAAUGAAUCAGUAUUAAA